GGGUGUCUGUAUCAGACGAGAAGGGGGUCACCCAGGAAAAAUCCCUCGAAGCUGCUCUCCAGGAAAAAAGAAAUGUGACACGCUUGUGUUUGAACCUUGUUUACCGGAUCAGCUCAUCAGCGCCGAGGCUUUCUUGUAUCGUUGGUUCGUUUUCUUCUUCUUAAGAAGAUGCACUCACGGGGGAGAAGAGUGAAGCAGAUUACGUCGGAAAUAGACAGUUUGAAAGAACAAGAAUCAACGACACCAACAGCGAAAAAGGUCGAUUAAGUGCCGAUAUUUGUUCAUGGUCAUUUUUUCAAUUAUUUUUUUUUAUGCACGAGCUAUAGAAGACAAAGUAGCCCGUGUACCAUGUUUGACUUAAUUAGCACAUGAGCUAAUCAAUAUAUUUAUGGCCAACACGCUAUGAAGUAAAAGUUUUCAUUUUAAUUUCUUUUAUGGAAAUGGUAUUCCGUAUUUGCUCCAUAUAAUCUGCUACGGGCUAUACAUUGAAACCAAAGCUGCAUAUUCUUGGUUAAACACGCAGCUCAUUGCAAGGCGAUAGGAUUAGGGUUGAACUUUGCGCAGAGGGGGGAGUUGCUGUUUCCUUUUGCUCAUCAAAGACAGCAUAUAGCAACGGGUCUGUCUCAAAACUCCGGAGAGCUACAGGAUUUAUGAAGAUCGCGACACAGUUGGUUUCCUCUCGUAGAAAUGCCCGUGCGUGCCGUGACCACCAGGUUCAUGUACAAAGGACUUUGCACUAUUCCAGAUGUCCUCGCCUACCGGACCCCGGUUAUCCUGCCCGAGGAUGAGGUGGAAGAGAUCCGUGAGGCUUUCAAAGUAUUUGACCGUGAUGGGAACGGCUUCAUCUCAAAGCAGGAACUGGGGAUGGCCAUGCGCUCACUGGGCUACAUGCCCAAUGAGGUGGAGCUGGAGAUCAUCAUCCAAAGACUUGAUAUAGAUGGUGACGGUCAAGUUGGCUUUGAUGAAUUCGUCACAUUGCUCGGUCCUAAACUCUCGGCUGCUGGAAUGCCCGAUAAGUUUCACGGAGCAGACUUUGAUUCAGUGUUUUGGAAGUGUGACAUGCAGAAACUGACUGUGGAUGAGCUUAAGAGACUUCUUUACGACACUUUCCGUGACCAUCUCACCAUGAAAGACAUUGAGAACAUCAUCAUGACCGAGGAGAGCCACCUGAACAGUCCAGAGUCCCAUGUGGACAUUGACACAAGCCCAACUCAACAGGAAAAACACACAUGUGUGCGUAAAAGCCUGAUUUGUGCCUUCGCCAUUGCAUUCAUCAUCAGCGUUAUGCUCAUUGCAGCCAAUCAAAUGCUGCGCCGAGGAAUGAAAUAAAUGCUACACCAGCUGGUUACAAAGAGAUUUAAAGAAGGACGAUGGGAAUUUAAACAUUAACCAAAAAUGAUGUUUUUGGUUUUGCUCAAUGUUUUCGUCACGAUGAUUCUGUCACAGCUUCUCUCGAUAAUGGACAAAAAUGAUGUCGCGCAGUGGUUUUGUAUGACCGCAAAUAAAAGCAUAAAGGUAAAAAUAGAAAGAAAAACAUUUCAAGGGCUGAUUAGUAUUCAAAAGAAGAAUAUAUCAUUAAUUCAAAGAAAUUAGAUGGGAAAGCAGACUGUAGUAAUUGCUGUAGUAGGCUAAUAACUGUGCCGUAUCUAAUAUAUCAAAACAUAUUACUGUUGUUGACUAGAAUUCUGUCAUUUAGAAUGCACCCAAUAAUGAUAUAACUGAUGAUAGUAAUAAAGCAAUACAAACAAGUUGAUGGGCCGCAUGUUAAGUAGCUUUAAAUCACUGACAAAAAAACAUAACAAUAGAUGACUGGUUUCCUGAUAAAUGUCUUUUAAGUCUACAUCUGUGUCUAAGAUUUU